AACAACACUCGAAUCUCUCACUCCGAAAAGUAGACUGUAUUUUACUAUUUUUAUCUUCAAAUUCGUUUCAAAUUUUCCUCCUUCGGUGGCUGCUUUUUCUUCUUUGUUUCCCUGAAAUUCUCUCUCUGCAGAUCGCAUCAGGCAGCUAUGUCGUUCAGAGGGUCAAAUGCUUCAUCUGGGAUGGGUGUUGCUGAUCACUGCAAAGCCACAUACCUGGAACUACAGAGGAAAAAGGUGCACCGUUAUGUGAUUUUUAAGAUUGAUGAGAAGAAAAAGGAAGUUGUGGUGGAAAAGACUGGUGGUCCAGCUGAGAGCUAUGAUGAUUUCACUGCUUCCUUACCCGAGAAUGAUUGCCGCUAUGCAAUUUAUGACUUUGAUUUUGUUACUUCUGAGAACUGCCAAAAGAGCAAGAUAUUCUUCAUUGCAUGGUCCCCUUCAGUAUCUCGAAUCCGUGCCAAGAUGCUGUAUGCUACAUCCAAAGAUCGGUUCAGGCGGGAGCUAGAGGGCAUCCAUUAUGAGAUUCAGGCUACCGACCCAACCGAGAUGGAUCUUGAAGUGCUUAGAGAGCGUGCAAACUGAACACUUGUGAAUCAAGGGGGUUUCAGAUCUUGAAAACCCUUCUAGGGCUUUUUGGUGGCCUUAAAGGACAAACUUUCCUACUUAAGUUAAUAGCUGAUUAUGUGCAAUAUCUGUUCCUGGCACAAGGAUAUAUCUAUACUCAUAUACAUAGACAAACAUUAAAUAAUUUCGCAGCUGGGAAGGCUGAUUAGGGGUGCAUUGCCAGGAUAUCCCAAGUGCAGGGGAAUCAGGGCUUCCUUAUUGCCAUGAUGCUUCUCAGGUGGAAAUGGGUAUGUUAUUUAUAUUGAUGAUCGAACUCUUAUUUAUAAAGUGGGUGUUUAUCAGUGGAA